AUGCGAUUAAUUUGGGUGUUUCAACUUUGCUGUUGUUUCUUCUCUUGUUGGACUCUUGGCUUGAAGACAACCAAGCGAGGUGAUCCUCAGGAGUUAAGAAACAUAUUCCUACAGUAUGCCAGUACUGAGGUUGAUGGAGAACAUUACAUGACCCCGGAAGACUUUGUCCAGCGCUAUCUUGGACUGUAUAAUGAUCCAAAUAGCAAUCCGAAGAUUGUGCAGCUCUUGGCAGGAGUAGCUGAUCAAACCAAGGAUGGGUUGAUCUCCUAUCAAGAGUUUUUGGCAUUUGAAUCUGUAUUAUGUGCUCCAGAUUCCAUGUUCAUAGUGGCUUUCCAAUUAUUUGACAAGAGUGGAAAUGGAGAGGUGACAUUUGAAAAUGUCAAAGAAAUUUUUGGACAGACUACUAUUCAUCAUCAUAUCCCUUUUAAUUGGGACUGUGAAUUUAUCCGGCUACACUUUGGGCAUAAUCGGAAGAAGCACCUUAACUACACAGAAUUCACACAGUUUCUUCAGGAACUACAGUUGGAACAUGCAAGGCAAGCCUUUGCUCUCAAAGACAAAAGCAAAAGUGGCCUGAUUUCUGGUCUGGAUUUCAGUGACAUCAUGGUUACCAUCCGGUCUCACAUGCUUACUCCCUUCGUGGAGGAGAACUUAGUCUCAGCAGCCGGAGGAAGUAUCUCACACCAGGUUAGCUUCUCAUACUUCAAUGCAUUUAACUCCUUACUGAAUAACAUGGAGCUUGUUCGUAAGAUAUAUAGCACUCUAGCUGGCACAAGGAAAGAUGUUGAAGUCACAAAGGAGGAAUUUGCCCAGAGUGCCAUACGCUAUGGACAAGUCACCCCACUGGAAAUUGACAUCCUGUACCAGCUUUCAGACUUAUAUAAUGCUACAGGACGCUUGACUUUGGCAGAUAUUGAGAGAAUAGCCCCGCUGGCUGAAGGAGCCUUACCUUACAACCUGGCAGAACUUCAGAGACAGCAAUCUCAUGGUUUAGGCAGGCCUAUCUGGCUCCAGAUUGCCGAGUCUGCUUACAGAUUCACUCUGGGCUCAGUUGCUGGAGCUGUGGGAGCCACCGCAGUAUAUCCUAUAGAUCUGGUGAAGACCCGCAUGCAAAACCAGCGUGGCACAGGCUCUGUUGUGGGAGAGCUGAUGUACAAAAACAGCUUUGACUGUUUUAAGAAAGUCUUGCGUUAUGAGGGCUUCUUUGGACUCUACCGGGGUCUGAUACCGCAACUUAUAGGGGUUGCUCCAGAGAAGGCCAUUAAACUGACUGUUAAUGAUUUUGUCCGGGACAAAUUUACCAGGAGAGAUGGCUCCAUUCCACUUUUAGCAGAAAUCCUCGCUGGAGGUUGUGCUGGCGGCUCUCAGGUCAUCUUUACUAACCCUCUGGAGAUAGUAAAGAUUCGCCUACAGGUAGCUGGAGAGAUCACCACAGGACCCAGGGUCAGUGCCCUGAAUGUGCUCCGGGACCUGGGACUGUUUGGUCUGUAUAAGGGUGCCAAAGCGUGUUUCCUCCGAGACAUUCCCUUCUCUGCAAUUUAUUUUCCUGUUUAUGCUCACUGCAAACUACUUCUGGCUGAUGAAAACGGACACGUGGGAGGUAUAAAUCUCCUUGCAGCUGGAGCCAUGGCAGGUGUGCCUGCUGCUUCUCUGGUGACCCCUGCUGAUGUCAUCAAGACAAGACUGCAGGUGGCUGCCCGCGCUGGCCAGACAACAUACAGUGGUGUCAUCGACUGUUUCAGGAAGAUACUCCGGGAAGAAGGGCCCUCAGCAUUUUGGAAAGGAACUGCAGCUCGAGUGUUUCGAUCCUCUCCCCAGUUUGGUGUUACUUUGGUCACCUAUGAACUUCUCCAGCGGUGGUUUUACAUUGAUUUUGGAGGCCUCAAACCCUCUGGCUCAGAACCAACACCUAAGUCCCGCAUCGCAGACCUUCCUCCUGCCAAUCCUGAUCACAUCGGUGGAUACAGACUCGCCACCGCCACUUUUGCUGGCAUUGAGAACAAGUUUGGCCUUUAUCUCCCCAAGUUUAAACCUCCUAGUGUUGCUGUGGUUCAGCCAAAGGUGGCGGCAGCAGCUCAGUGA